CCUCCAGGGAGUGCACUGUAAAUGUGAGCUCUUUGUCCUUUCUUUCUGUCCUCACAUCCUUUCGCAUCCCUGUGUUUCCUCCCUUCACUCUUUCAUCUUCCUCCGCUGAUCUAUUCCUGUUAUUUCAUUUCCCCUCAACCCCAUUCAUCCACUCACUACCCUGCCUGAUACCCCCCCCCCUUUUUUUUUAUCCCGUGCAUCUCUCCCUCAUCUCCUCUUUCUCUAUCCAUAUCAUAGCUUGUCUCCUCCAGUGUCCUCGAUGCGCUAAUGCUUUUUUAAAAAACAGUGGAAUGAGCGGGGCUCGCAGAAUGCAAGAGUUUAAGUACUUCAGAGGUGGAGCUUCUUUGGUGGUUUCACUGGAUGGUUUAAACUGGUUUUAUAAACGAAGAUGCCGAGCCAAAGGAAUCAAGAAAAGGGAUGACGAUCUCCAGUUGUGGAUAUCUGCAGGUCACAUGAUCCAGCCGGAUGAGGAGCUGCAGCCGAUCACCUGUCUCUGUAUCUGUGGGCUAAGAGGAGAUGCAGCCCCUCACUCGUGGAUGAACAAAGCAGUAACACAGUCCGUGUCCUCGCUCUCUGCUCGACACUGUUGCCUCCUGGAGGGGUCUGCACACCAGUCAGCAUUUACUCCUCUAACCUCUUUGACCCCAGAGUGGCCGAUGGAUGCUCUGUGUACAAAAUUUAUUGUCAAUAUUCCAGACAUUUUCAGUUGGAUCACAAAGUAUUUAAGUAUGGGCACCCCUCAGAAAACUGUAACAAUGAAUCAGAAAAGUAGAUUUAUUGUUUUCUGCAAUGAAGAAAUACCAUCAAGACUCUUCUGUGACAUUUUCCACUCACAGGACUGUAGAACCUCCUUGGGGAUUACUGGACGUCAUAGCAAUAAUAAUAGAAAUGGAAUGGACCUUUUAAAAACCCCAACUGUCCAAAGGCCACAUGUUCCCAACAAACAUCAGACUGAGCUGAUGGUCAGCAACAAUAUGUAUACAAUGAGUCUCAAAAGCCUGUCUGUGGAAUCCUAUCAAAGCUAUGACCAAACCAGAAAACAACCUGUGAAGAAAGGGAAUAGGAGAAAGUGGAAGAGUGUGUCGUUUGCUGAUGAUGUCAUAGUUUACCUGUUUGAUCAGGAGAGUCCCACGUCGGCACUGCACCCUGAGCCCUGUGGUUCAACGCCAUCUCUGCAAAGCCCCCAUUCCUGCCAUCAGUCAGACGUCACGUUUGACGAUAGUGCAGGCUUGGAGUGGGAAGAUGACUUCUCAGCCUUGGAAAAGAAGUGUCUUUUUCAGUAUUUCAGUAACUCUGUGUCUCAUAACUACACCCUUUCUCUGCCGACGCAGGGCUGGAGUGCACUUUGUAGGCCAGAGCGUUUCUAUCUGUCCCAGACCUGCCUGUUCCUCACCCAUGUCACCGAGGCAGACCUGGAACUGUGACACAAAGGACUAGUGACACAAACACACACACCAGAGGAGGAACAUAACUAAGUUUUUAGAAGUUUUUACUUUUACUCCAGACAUUUUAACAAAAUAUUAUUUUCUACCUUAAUUUUAAUACAUUUGGGGAAAUCAGAGAAUAACACACAGUAAAGGCAAGCUCUUGAUGUAUUCUUUGGUGCAAAUCACACACAAUAAAUCAACACUGAUAAUUGUAUAAAUAAAAAACAUAACAAGAUAAAGCAAGUUGAAAACACAUCUGUAGUCUCCAGUUUCGUGAUUUUCAUGUUUAUUUUGUUCAUUUUAUUUUGAUGUUACACCGGUGCAUAUGAAUGCAAUCUGAGUUCUUAUUCAAUGGUAUGAACCAUGUGACAAAACAAAAACAAUGCGACAAGAUGGAGAUGAAAUACAAAGAUGAAAAUGGCAUAAAAUAUGUGACAAGAUGAAAACACCCUAAUUUACUGGUUAUGUUAUUGUUUAUUACUGCUUAUGUUGUUUAUAUUUUUAUAUUGAUUUCAAAUCCAUGCAAGAAUUUAGACUAUCUUUGCACACAAAUGGCCUGGAGAAAGUGAAACUACCACUACUUUUUAGUUAUUUUCACAGCACAUUUCAGAACCUGUACUUUUUCCUCUUUUAUUACAGUAAAUAUGUUCUUCUAGAGGUACUUCUACUUUCACCACAGUCUUUUAUGACAUAACUGUCUAUACUUCUACUGAAGUAAAGAAUGUCUGUCUGGUAAACAUACACACAGAUAUUAAGUUAGUUGAUGCUGUUUUAUGAAUAGUGUUCAAAUGCAGUCUUUCUACCACAUCAUCUAGCUUCAGCCAAAGGCCAUCUCACUGUCACCAUGGCCUAAAGUGACAUCCACACUUGUUUUCCUUUCAAACAGACAGCCUUGGCUUAAUGGAAAAACUGACUAACUGUCCUGGUCUUCACCUCUAACUCAUCUCCCUACCUCCCUCCUCUUUUAUGAUGAGUCAGGGUUUUUAAUAGCCUUUUUUUCUUCUCUCUUCAGCCUAAAUGGAUUCAGCACCUGCCGUUCAUGACAUCACAGCUUCACAUGUGGCUGCAUAUUCAGUUCUCACCAAGACAACAAUUAAAAUAUAUGUGGGGACUGGGAGGAUACAUCCCACCCAAUAUGCAAAAUCGCUCAAAAUGUUCCCUCUAACAUAUUGUUUUAUUAACUACAUACUGUUGUUUGACAGGAAUCAUCAAAAAUAACAUCAAUAAUCAAACCAAAAUUUUGCAAAACCAAAGUCAAUAAAUUUUCAUCCUUAUUACAACUGACUCUUAUAUUGUAUAUUUAUCAAUUUUCAGCUCCAGAGUACUUGAGUAGUUUUAUUUUUUAUUUUUGAUAACAUUUCAGUGCACAUAUUGGUUCAUAAUGAAAACUAUAGACAGCAAAAACCAACAAAUCACUUGCUUGAUCAGCAGAGAUUCACAGGCACAUAGCAUUCUACAGUCACACUCCAACUUUUAUUUACACUGUUUCCCAAAGUUGGGAUAAUUUUGUUUUUAGACAAAUUCCUCUUUUUAUUCUACAUCUAUCUGCAUUAAUUUUACAUUAUUUAUUUCUACACAUCAGUAAUCAUCUUUGACCAGGUGCAAUGAUUACAUACAGAGCCCCAGUUACACUUUAUCAAGAUUAUUGUUUUUUUUUUUUUGGACUUCUCUAAUGUCAGUCUACUGAAAUGUGACUCAGGCAGGUCUAAAACCUCAGGUUAAGGUGACAUUGAAUGUAUCCAGCAUUUGUCAUAAACAUUAGUGCUAAUGUUGUCUUUGGUGCUCACAGCUGGCAGCAGCAUCACAGCAGCUGACAACAACCUCAACUUUAAAUAUCAUUUCACUGUCAUUCAAUCCUUACAAACCAAAAGAUUUGAAGAAUAAGAGACUUAGAAAGGGUGAGUGAGCAGUUAAUACCAGCUUUCUGUAGACAUCCAUUGUACCAGCCUAUAUGAAUAAAUGUAUGAAUAAUGAAUGAAUUUGACAAAAUUUCUUGCCAACAGCACAGGUGUACCAUGAUCAUUUAUAGACUGGCAAAACCACAAAACCAGCAUGGUUUGUUGUGAAUUCUGCGCUUGUGUCUCAUUUUCACCAGAUUAAAGGUGAAACGUUGUGCAAUCCUUGGAGCCCUAUAUUUGACUGCAACACCCAGGAUGCAUUUCAGGCAAUAAAUGUCAUAUUCAGUUCCAGAACUUCAUAUUCUCUUGUUUCUCCUACAUGCACUGCUUCAGCUUGGUGACAAGUUGCAGUUUG